AAUCUGGGGAGGAAACUCUGGCAUAAUCAGCGAAAGUUUUAUUUUGGGAUAUUCUGAGGGUGAUACUGACCAGUUUUACUGUGUAAAGAACGUUUAUGAUGAAGAAUCUUUUUCUCCAUUGAGGACUGAAUUAAGAUGUUGAUAACAAAGAAACAAAGAGUCAAAUGGCUAGACCAGUAAUCAGCUCUGUAUGAUAAGCCGUGGAAAAAUUAUUCUCUAGUUUUAUAAGAAUGUGAGAGGCGGAACAAUUCAGUGAACUUUCAUUUUUUCUAACCCUGUAAAUGAAUUUUUAAUUAUUGCAAUGGCUUUGUGUGAAGAUGUCAAGUUGGUUAUAUGUGUCGGUGUUCUAGUGAUCUGGACAGUUCCCUUCACUCUGGGAUGUAUGCAGGAAUGUGAAUGUGACAACAACACUGUCUCCUGUACCCACAUUUUCACCUUCAGUGCCUUUACAUUUCCGCCCAAAAUUACCAGACUCGGUAUAACAGAGAGUUACGUGGGACCGCAGUUACAAACACCAUUCUCCCCAUACAUGGAAUUAGAGGAGCUCUUCUUAUCAAAUAAUGGACUUCAUGUACUGGGUGGAGAUAUAUUUAAUUUUCUAAGAAGGCUGAAGUACCUUGACCUUAGUUACAAUCGACUGGUACGACUUGACCAUCACAUUUUUCAACAUCUCUCAUCUCUACAAGUUUUGGAUCUCAGUCACAACGACUUCUUUCUAAUGCCUGAUAUUCCAUUCAGGUAUCUUAUCAACCUAAGAGUUUUCAACAUAAGUUUCAACCAAUUACAGAACCCUAAACUAGGACUAAGAUUUCAGGUCAUGAACUUGCUAAAUGUCCUUGACCUCUCAGGAAAUAACUUUACUACUCUUGGGAAAGACACAUUUGAAAUGACACGAGGAUGGUCAGAUCAAGUUCCAAAACACGUCAACCUGUCUUACUGUGCAAUAUCAGUUAUAGAACCCGACACUUUUCGUUAUCCUGUCAGAAUGGAACAUCUGUCACUUGCAGGGAAUCCUGGGAUAGGUGUGGAAAAUCUCACAGACAUGUUUAACUCCUCCAACUUUGAACAACUCAAACAUCUGGAUAUUUCAAAUAUGAACUUAACUAAUGUCACAGAUCUUAUCCCAAUAUUGAGCAAAUCCUCUCUGUCGGAAUUAAAAUUAGCCAUGAACAAUCUCCAGGAAAUCCCUUUAGCCAUGAGGGAUUACCUCCGCCGUCUGACUUUGUUGGAUAUCAGCUACAACCAACUGGACAAGUUGUCCAAUUCUGUGACUGAAAUUGGUGGGCUUCUUCAUUUAGACGCUUCACACAACAUGAUCACUCAGAUAGAUGAAACUUUCCAACAACACAUGACAAACCUCCAGACCCUAAGACUAUCUCACAAUAAACUUGGAGACCACACAGUGACAAACUGUGUAUCACUGCGGCUCCUGGACCUCAGCUUCAACAUCAUGACACAGUUCCAGGCACCCAGCACCCUGGAAAAUCUUCAGGACUUGCUGGUGGCUGGAAACAAGAUCACCAACAUCUCCUCUAUGCCCGGACUUCACAACUUAAGGACAUUUGACAUCAGCGGCAACAGUUUGUCAAAGCUCCCAGGAUUCUUGCUCCUAGACUCUAAAAAGAUUGUCCAUACAAACUUCAGCUCCAACAAGAUAUCUAUUGUCAAUCAUCAAACCUUUCGUCCAAAGUCACCUGAUGUUAUUGAUCUCUCCAAAAACAAGCUGGUCAAGUUGUGGAAUGCUGGCUGGAAGACUGCCAAAUCUAUAGAUCUCCAUGGUAACUUGAUCAGUGAAAUGGAUGACCAAUCAUUUUAUGCUUUGUACGAAUUGAAAGAGUUAGAUCUGAGUCGAAAUAAUCUUAGUCGCCUCAAUCCAGCUGUGUUUGUCUUCUUGAGUGACCUGUUAAUUCUCCAGUUACAACAUAACCAUCUAUCUAACGAUGUCGAGCUCUACAGUGCCACACAGUCUCUGCCGCAGAUGACCAGCAUUGAUCUCAGUCACAAUAAAUUCAGAUACAUGAUGGAAGGAACAUUUAACGCCUGUCCAAACUUACAAAAGAUCACCAUGAGUGAUAAUCCAAUCCACACUCUUCAUGCCUCUGCUUUCUCUCUGCUGGAGAAGCUACAGGAAGUGGACUUUUCUAACAGCAGCUUUACAUGUGGAUGUGAACUGAUCAGUUUUCAAGAAUGGAUGAUAGACACAAAGGUCAGAAUCAUCCACCAUUCAAACAGCAGUUAUCAGUGCAAGUCCCCCCUCCACAGGCUAGGAAUGGAUGUGAGAAAUUAUAGAAUGAGUGACUUUGAAUGUGAUGAGACUCUGGUCUAUGUAACUGUGUUUUCCUCAAUCGGAGCAGGCGUUAUGGUGAUAGGACUCAUUGCUGCCCUGAUCUACUACUAUUGCUGCAAGAAGAGAAGGAAGAAUUCCAAGAAAGUGUUCAAACCCAUCAUGAAUGGUAGCAUUCCUCUGAAAGAGGAAAAGAGAAAAAGAGGCAUUCCAAUAGAAAUUCUGAAGAACGCAGACGCCAGUGAGGUAGAGAGACUCCUCAAGGCUGAAUAUCGAAGAAAGAGAGAACCCGAGACCACAACAAAAUCCAAAGAGAGCUUAAAAAGACAGAAAAAUAAGAAGAGCCUUAAAGAAAGCAGGAUCACAAGAGAUAUGAUCAGAUACCCAGCAGCCCAGCGUGACGGGAUGACAUCAUCAAGGAUUAGAGUCAACCGUUACAUGGACAGACGGGAUUACUACAGGCCAGUGCCUUCACACCCCAUGUCCAAUCCCUAUAUAUAUAACUGCAGUAAGAGCCAGGCAGAUCUUUAUCAACCUUCAAGGAGGCCUCAAAUUUAUGGACAUCGAGAGAGACAUAGAACCCCAUAUUACCCUGCUCAAAAUGGGGACAUAAUUCGCCGACCUCGACCUAGAUACAGUCAGAGCAUGCCAGACAUGUUAAACAGAGUUCAGACCCUCCCUAAGCCACACCCCCCACGGGAGCCUCAUUAUAUUACUCGGGAUCAAAGAACUGGUGGAAGUUCUUAUGAUGUGAGGCUCUUUAAGGAUCCAGCUUACAGACCAUGGGCGGAUCAAGGGAGGUGGGAGGAUGGCAGAAGAGGAUUUAUAGCUCCAGAACUACCACCAGAGCCCCCUACAGUGCAUUCUGGAUAUUACACAAUAUCUGCCAAAACAGCUGACAGAGGAAGUGGAAAUAGAACACAGUGGAUUUAAGUGUAGCAUCUAAUAUUUCUUUCCAUAUAUCGUUUUCAAGUUUUACAUUUUUUAAAACAAACUGAAAUUGUUUCUUUUCUUUUUGUAUAAUGCAGAUUUAAAACUGAAUGCAGCAUACAUGUAUAUAAUACAAACAUAUUAAUGUAGAAGAUGAUAGAAUACACACAUCCUUUAAAUCUGCACAAAUCUAUGUAAAUCCCCAUGUUCUACAUGACCCACAUAUAUGUAAUGUUGUCAUAAACGUCUUCAACAUGAAA